AUGGUUCCAAAGGCAGAUCUUCCCUGUGCCAUAUUUGUGCCACAAGUGGGGCAUCAAGGUGUGGGCAAGAUGUGGUAAUAGUGGAAUUGUCUAUGAUUUGAAGUGUACACAGGGGAGCAAGAAGAUGACAAAGGAUUUGGUAAAGUUGGUGCCGUUGUUAAUCGACUCGUUCGACACCUCCCGAAGGAUCUGGGCCACAAAGUGUACUCAAUAAUCUCUUUACCAGCAUUAAUCUCUUUACCAGCAUUAAUCUCGUCAAGCAUUUGAAAGCUGAAGGAAUAUGGGCAUUGGGCACAAUACGUUCUAAUCUCUUUAGCAGGAGCAGAUAAGCUGUCGAAAAGCAAGAAAGUAUUAGAAGCUGCAGGUCAAGGUUCGAUUGACUAUCGUGUUGAUGCAAAUUCCAAUAUCGCUCUUGUUCGAUGGUUGGACAAUGGUUUGGUUAAACUUGUUUCAUCAUUUGUUGGAAUCGGCAAUGGGAACCCAGUUAAACGGUGGAGUGCGAACAAGAAGAUUGAUGUUCUUUGUCAUCAGAUUGUGCAUGAAUACAACAAGCAUAUGGAAGGAGUUGAUCUGUGUGAUAUGCUAAUGGCUUUGUACUGCAUCAAACUUCGUACAAGGAAAUGGUAUAUGCAUAUUGUCUACUAUUGUAUUGGAGUAGCAAUUGUAGCAAUCAGGAAAAAAUGUUUUGCAUUUGCUGAAGUUCCCAAAUAG